AUGCUUCCAGGGCCCCGGCUACUUGCGCCACAAGCAGGAGUUCUACUCCAAGGACGACAUCGCAUCAGGGUGGACAGCAUCGACGAGUCUAUCGAGGUACUGCGGUCUCAGCGCAUGCUCGGGACAGUCAUAUCCGACGACGGAACCAUCGGCGCCGAGCUUGCCAAGAGGGUCAGGAAGGCUUCGGCUUCGUCGCUGCCAUUGGCUCGUGAGGUCUACUCCAGGCGCGCGCUGGCUGUCAGGCACAAGCUCACCAUCACUGACGCGAUCUCCCACUCACAGCUCUUUUACAACGCGUGCACGUGGCCUGAAUUGGUCGGCGAGCCCCUGGCCAACUUCACAAGGCAAUACCAUUUGGCGCAUGCGCAGGCAUUGUGGAAGUCAUGGCGCGCACGGGUUCAUGGCCACAUUACUAACCUCAUGGUGGUCCAAGAGGCGCAGCGGCUCCAGGAUUGUGACGCACUGAGGCUGGCCAGGGUACGACUCCUACCGCGAGUACUGCAGCAUGCUCCGCGGCAGCUGCGAGCUCUACUCAAUGCAGGAUGGGAGCUCAACUACGGCUGGGCCCAGCAAUUGCGACACGACCUCUCAACGGUUCGCGAGUACGCCGACCCAGACGAGGUAGCCGCUGCCAUGGUCCUCGACAACAUGGCCGAAUGGGCCCGCAACUCGCCCGAGGCCUACAAGCGCGAGCACUCCGUGACCAACACCGACCGCACUCCCGCGUUCCAAGACCAGAGCACCAGGGCAACCCCACGGUUCUGUUGCUACGAGUGUGGCUUCGCUGACACUUCGCGACUUGCGGUCGCCAAGCACCGCGCGCAGGAGCACCCGAGCCAGGACGACCCGCGGCGUUGGGCACAGGGCACCGCGUGCCAGAUCUGCCGCAAGGACUAUCACAUGAUCAAUCGUCUCUGCAGGCACCUCAGCCGCGCAGCGGCGUGCGCUCGAGCAUGGAAGGACGUCGUCGGCGGCCAGGCAUCCGACGCCCUGUUCCACGAGAACGCCAAG